ACUACAUCUGUGGUGCUGGUUUAUGAAUCCACAUUCUGAGCUGCAUAUCUACGCAUCAACAAACGCGAAGAUGGCGGCCAGGGUCGUAAUAUUUUUCAAGACAAUGCAAGCGGCGCGGUGCCCCACAGACGAGCUGUCUCUGACCAACUGCGCGGUGGUGAGUGAGAAGGACCUCCAGUCUGGACAGCAUGUGACGGUGAAGACCACACCCAACCACAAGUUUGUGUUUACCACCAAGAGCCACCACACUGUGACACCAGGCACCAUCGCCUUCAGUUUACCCCAGAGAAAAUGGGCUGGUUUAUCCAUUGGACAAGAAGUGGAAGUGGCCAACUACAACUUUGACAAGGCUAAGCAGUGUAUCGGCCUCGUGUCGCUCGAGAUCGACUUCCUGCAGAAGAAGAGCACGGACACCAGCCCCUAUGACUCGGACAAGAUGGCCAGUGAGUUCAUCCAACAGUUCAACAACCAGGCCUUCUCCGUGACCCAGCAGUUGGUGUUCAGCUUCUGCGACAAGCUUUUUGGCCUGCAAAUCAAGGAUAUUGAGGCCAUGGAUCCAAGCAUCCUGAAAGGGGAGCCGGCCUCUGGGAAAAAGCAAAAGAUUGAUGUUGGCCUAUUGGUGGGAAACAGUCAGGUGAUGUUCGUGAAGGCAGAGAGCUCCUGCCUCACACUAGUGGGGAAGGCUAAGGCCAAAGAAGCCCGUCAAACCAUCAUUAACCCUGACUUCAACUUUGAGCGUAUGGGCAUCGGUGGUCUGGAUAAGGAGUUCUCCGACAUCUUCCGCAGGGCCUUCGCCUCUCGUGUCUUCCCCCCAGACAUUGUGGAACAGAUGGGCUGUAAGCACGUGAAGGGCAUCCUGCUCUUCGGGCCACCUGGAUGUGGAAAGACCCUGAUGGCCAGGCAAAUUGGCAAGAUGCUGAACUCUCGCGACCCCAAGGUGGUCAACGGCCCUGAGAUCCUCAACAAGUUUGUGGGAGAGUCAGAGGCCAACAUCAGGAAGCUGUUCGCAGAUGCCGAGGAGGAGCAGAAGAGGCUGGGUGCCAACAGCGGCUUGCACAUCAUCAUCUUUGACGAGCUGGACGCCAUCUGCAAGCAGAGAGGCACGGCCGGUGGCAGCACGGGCGUCCAUGACACCGUCGUCAACCAGCUGCUGUCCAAGAUCGACGGCGUGGAGCAGCUCAACAAUAUCCUGGUCAUCGGCAUGACCAACAGACCUGACCUGAUUGAUGAUGCUCUUAUGCGACCUGGCAGGUUUGAGGUCAAGAUGGAAAUUGGUCUCCCUGAUGAGAAGGGCCGUUUUCAGAUCCUGAAUAUCCACACAAACAAGAUGAGAGAGUUCAACCUGCUGGCUAUUGAUGUGGACGUCAAAGAGCUGUCAGUUGAGACCAAGAACUUCAGUGGUGCCGAACUGGAAGGUCUCGUCAGAGCUGCCCAGUCCACCGCUAUGAACCGCCACAUCAAGGCUACAGCCACUGUGGAAGUGGAUAUGGAGCGUGCUGAGAAGCUGCAAGUCCACCAGGCCGACUUCUUAGGAUCCCUAAACAAUGACAUCAAGCCUGCUUUUGGUACGAACCAGGAAGACUACUGCAGCUACAUCAUGAAUGGCAUCAUCAAGUGGGGCGACCCAGUCACUCGUGUUCUGGAUGACGGAGAACUCCUGGUGCAGCAGACCAAGAACAGCGACCGCACACCCCUUGUGACUGUCCUGCUGGAGGGACCGCCCGGCAGUGGUAAGACUGCCCUGGCUGCCAAGAUCGCAGAGGAAUCUGAGUUCCCCUUCAUCAAGAUCUGCUCCCCAGACAAGAUGAUUGGUCACUCUGAGAUCUCCAAAUGCCAUGCCAUCAAAAAAGUUUUUGAUGAUGCUUGCAAGUCACAGCUGAGCUGUGUGGUUGUGGAUGACAUUGAGCGCUUGCUGGACUAUGUGCCCAUUGGACCCCGGUUCUCCAACCUGGUUCUACAGGCUCUACUGGUUCUGCUCAAGAAAACACCCCCAAAAGGUCGUAAGCUGUUGGUGAUCGGUACGACCAGCCGUAAGGACGUGCUGCAGGAGAUGGAGAUGCUGGAUGCCUUCAGCACCUCCAUCCACGUGCACAACAUCUCCACCGGAGAGCACCUGGUGGAGGCUCUGGAGCUUCUGGGCAGCUUCUCGGAGCCCGAGCGGGCCACCAUUGCCAAGCAGGUGAAGGGGAAGAGGGUCUGGAUCGGAAUUAAGAAGCUCCUCAUGCUCAUCGAGAUGUCCCUACAGAUGGAGCAGGAGUACAGAGUCAGCAAGUUCCUGCAACUGUUAAGAGAUGAGGGAGCGAUGGACGACGGCAAUCAGAUUCGAGUAUAAGUCCCUUUGUCUCACUGCACAGUUCUGCCAAAUCUGUCCUGUAUGUGAUCUCGGAGUUAUCUAAGCGUAAGGAGAGAAGAAGAAGGGAUGAAGAGAGAAGAGGAGAGCGGGUCUACCCAGCCAGAGGGCCGUCCUGCUGUGCAUGUUUAUGAUGGCAAACCGAGAUUGUUUCUGCUACAGUCCAGCACCGCUCACCCACACUCCAGAGGCAAAAACACCUACAGUCGGAGCAGUACUACUCCAUGUUGUCAGUAUUAACGCAAAAUCGAUCUCCAAGUGGCGUCUUGUGCUUUUAGUGUGCCGUGUCUAUUGCUAGAUGUGUUUCUAUCUAUAGUCCGAGAAAAACGAUACAGCACAUGCAUCUCUGUGAACCCUGAGCCUAGACGGUGUUUUAACAGUAUAUCAAAGUAUAUCAUAUAUGUACUAUACGUACAUAUAUAUACAUUAUGCAUAUAUGAGAUGUAAGUCUUUCAAACCGAUAUCUAGAGAAGAAAUACAAUCUGAGAAGGCCUAUAGUCUGUGAAGUGGAAAUUUAAUUUACUGUCAGUGAUAUGUAUCUAUAUGAAGUGUCAUGUAUUUAUUUAUUUUUUGUACAUAGAGGACACAAUGCGGUGAUCCAUCAUAUGACAUUUGUUUAUGUAUAGUUACAGUUUACAUAUCAGAUUUAUACGUUUUGCUCCUGUGUAGAUUCUGGUCGUAGAUGGCAGUUGGGUGAAGUGUUAAUGUACAGUGUACCUUCUGUAUGAUGCAUACCUUAAAAGUCGGUGUUUGAAAAAAUACAGCACUUUUUUCAAUAUGAGUGAGAUUUAACCAAGAGACCAACCUUUAAUCAUAACCGUAUAGUUCUACACUAGAUUUCAAUCUUGCACUUAUGUACUGUGGAUGAAUGUUUAGUUUAAGUUUGUGUGUGUGUGUGUGUGUGUGUGUUUGCACUUCAGAAUGAAUGUAGAAGAUGAAGAUUCAAUCAGUGUGUGUUUGUCUCUUUUAAGUGUAUGUGUUUGUGUGUGUGUGUGCGUGUGUGUGUGUGUACACUGUGAGUCAUUUUGUAUAUGUUUUUGCCUGCCUAAUGACCUCAUGUUCUUAAAUCAUUAUCUUUUUAUUUCUUCUUAUCGUGUGUGUGGUCCAGAGCUAUUUAUUCUAACCAUUAAAGAUGGAUGGCAAGGAUGCAGAUGUAUUAUUGCAAUAAAAGCACAGGCACACA